UUGAAAGUUAUGUGGUUGGCUUAAGGGUUGAUAAUCGAAGAAGGGGGAUUUGGCAAAUGGAAGAAGAGGAUGAGUUUCUAGAGCCGAUGAGCCCUACUGCUCAAUGCUUGAAUACAUCUUCAUUGUCUAUUUCUGUUAUUGCUGUUUUGGAAUUUGAAAUUCCCAUUGAUGAAGCCAAAAUUAUAUGUUAUGCUAAGGAUUUUAUUCCUCUUAACUCCUUGUUUAGUUCUAUUACGGUAAAUGAUAUAAAUGGAGAGAGGAAAUGGAAGAAAGUUGAAGUGAAAGUUGAAGAGCAAAUUGUUGUAGCUACUCCACCUUCAGAUUUGUCAAUUGAGCUCAACGAUGCAUUUUUCAAUGAAUAUAUAACCAAAUUGAGUGUACAAGAGUUGGACCAAAACAAACCAUUGUGGGAAAUUCAUAUACUAAAUUGUCCAACAAGUACUGCAGCUGCUAAUUUAAUUCUCAAGUUUCAUCAUUCACUUGGAGAUGGGUAUUCUGUGAUGGGUCUUCUUCUUUCCACCAUGAAAAGAGCAGAUAAUCCUUCUCUUCCUUUAACUUUUCCUUUUAAUGGGAAAAUGAUUAAUUCAAAGAAAUUAGGUCAAAUUUCAAGUGGCGUUUCUCAUUUUUUGUUGUCAUCUAUAAAUAGUGUGUUGGAUUUUGGAUUGAGCUUAAUUAAAAGCAGUGUUCUUGAAGAUGAGUUGACACCUAUAAGAUCAGGUGGUGAUGGCGUGGAGUUUAAGCCAACUGAAAUAUGGACAAUCACUUUCUCUCUUCAUCAGAUCAAACAAAUCAAGUCCAAACUUAGAGUGACAGUCAACGAUGUGGUUGCAGGAAUGUUAUUUUUAGGAAUUCGAUUAUACAUGGAAGAGACUCAUCCUGACUCGACCAAAUCCAACUCAACAGCAUUGGUUUUACUCAACACGAGGAUGUUUGGAACUUACAAGUGCAUGGAAGAUAUGUUGAAUCCCAAUUCAAAUACCCCAUGGGGGAAUCGGUUUGGGUUCUUGCAUAUUGACAUUCCCAAACUCACUGAUUUUAAUCUUUCAAAUCCACUCCAAUUCGUCCAAGCCGCACAAAAAUUGAUCAAGAGGAAGAGAGAUUCUUCUGCUGUUUUCCUCGUCGACAAGCUAAUGGAGAUUAUACACAAAUUCAGGGGCUCAGAGGUAGCUUCCAAAUAUGUGUACAAGACGAUAAAAAACUCAAGCUUAAGCAUAACAAAUUUGAUCGGACCAAAGGAGAAAAUGACUUUGACUGGUCACCCGGUAAAAGGAAUGUACUUUACCGUCGUGGGUAUACCUCAGAGUUUGAAGAUAUCGGUUAUAAGCUACAUGGAAAAUUUGAGGAUUGCUUUUGGUGGUGAGAAAGAAUUUAUAGAUCAAGAGAAGCUCACAUCUUGUAUGAAAAAGGCUUUUGACCAUAUACAUAAGGCUUCCAUAGAUGUUUCCAUUUAGACAUUAUUAUUUCUUAUUUUGAUUAUGAUUUUAAAUAAUACAAUUACUGUUUACAUUGAUCGCUAAA